UUCAUGCAAAGUGAACAUAGCAAGGCUUCCUCUGUGUCUUAAGUGUAUAAAAUAGCAAAACACGACUCCAAGGUUGAGAGAAAAGUGGUGAAACUUAUCGAAAGAUUGAACCACUAAUUCUCCCUUUUCCCUCCAUUCUCACAGGCUCUUUAAGGUGCGUUCUCGCCUUCCCCUCACUCCAUCAUCAUCAUCAUCAUCAGCCAAUCCCUCCCGUGUUCUCAUCUUCCCAUACAUCUGAAAGAACAGCUCCAUCUCGUUCUGCAGUGUCGAGUUCCGCCGAUCUGCAGCAGCCUUGGCCCUUUCCAUGUUGCGGAUCUUGACCUCGGCUACACUCUGGCUCCGCUUCUGCUGCUCCAGACCCUCUCGCAGUACCGCCACCUGUCGCUGGAGGGCGUCAUUGCAGCGUUCCAAUCUGGGGCAAGGGACAGAGGCGUCAUUAGAGCACGCAGGACGAAAGAGGAGCCCCGUGCUGGGUCACGAUCCGUGUCGGGGCGGCAGCACUUCGCCCCACACCUCGUGUCCCAUUUCACUGCAGCUGGCUGAGACUUUUACUACCACCUCAAUGGUCGCCGGGAAUGUCCACGUCUUGGCUUUUCUGAAGGACAUCAUGUUUUAUUGCACCAGGUUUGGAGGUAAAGUGGGGCUACCCAAUCCAGAAUCAGCAUCAUGGGCAGGAAGGAGGAUUAUGGUUCCUGACAGCAGUGAAGCCAAAUCACAAGUCCUUACUGAGACAAAAACCGGAAGCACCGACCAGUGUUCCCAGCAUAGCUCCACAGAGACGGACAACUCGCUCCCAUCCACUUGCCCCGAUGGCAGUGCUUUCAGCAGUGAUGACGAUGAAGAGGUUCGGAAGAGUCAAGCUGGUCAAAGCCACGACUAUGAUGAAGAAGAGGGUCACAUGGUCUACCACAUAGGCCUUGUGAUGAAGGAACGCUAUGAGGUGGUCUCUACACUGGGAGCAGGAGCCUUUGGAAAGGUGGUCAAGUGUAUCGAUCGAGACAAGGGUGUGAAUGUAGCCGUGAAGAUUGUGCGGAACAUCAAAAGCUUCAGUGAUGUAGCAAAGUCCGAGAUUGCAGUCCUUGAAGAGAUCAACACAUUGGAUGAUGACAACAGAUUUGCCUGUGUCCGAAUGCUGGAGUGGUUCGAGCACCAGGGCCACAUGUGCAUGGUGUUCGAACUUCUGGGUCUCAGCACCUAUGAGGUCCUACGGCAAAACGACUUCCUGCCGUACAGCAUGGAGCAGAUCCGACAUAUGGCCUUUCAGAUCUUCAGAGCCGUCAGCUUCCUGCAUCGUAAUAAGUUAACCCACACUGACCUCAAACCAGAGAACAUCCUAUUUGUCUGCUCUGACUACAAUCUGGAAUACAACGAUGACAUGAAACGUGAUGAAAGGAAGAUGAGGAGUGUGGAUGUAAAGGUGGUGGAUUUCGGAACAGCCACGUUUGACCAUGAACGGCAUGAACCGCUGGUGUCGACCCGCCACUAUCGAGCUCCGGAAGUCAUACUAGACCUUGGCUGGAAUCAAUCAUGUGAUGUUUGGAGUUUGGCCUGCGUUCUUAUGGAGUACUAUCUUGGACAGACACUCUUCCCGACCCACAACAGUAAAGAACAUCUAGCCAUGAUGGAGAAAAUCUUGGGACCAAUCCCUCCACAUCUGCUGAAACACACCAGAAAACAACACUACGUACACAGCGAGCGACUGGACUUUGACGAGCAGAGCUCCUCUGGUGAAUACAUCAGGAAACACUGCAAACCACUUAAGCAGUACAUGGUGAGGAAGAGUGAGGACGAGAGGCAGCUGUUCGAUCUGCUUGGCUGCAUGCUGGAGUACGACGUGGGCAGACGCAUCACCAUGGAGGAGGCGCUGUGGCACCCCUUCUUCAGCCCCAUGAGGACGCAGAAGCAGAAGCGAAGCUAACACACACACAAACACACACACAGAACUACACAACAUCUACCUCGACCUGCCGCUUUAGAAUAUGGCAUUAAUGAUGUUGUUAUUACCAUUCCUGUCACUUAUUUGACAUUGGGUCGUCACAUUUAGUGCAGGGGUGUCAAAACCUCUCCCGCGAGGGCAGCAUACAAACAAUAGAAGGAUGCUUAGACAUUCUUCACCUUUGUGUUCAUUAAACACGCUAAUAAAGGUGAGUGAUACUGCUGUACAAAUGUUGGUAUUCAGCCGAUACCAAGUAAAUACAGGACCAGUAUCACAGAUACUUUUUACUUCAUGUCAAGAUCAUUGAAUGAUUUUGUGAUUUUUGCCUCGAUCAUAAUCAUAAUUUAAAAAGGCAACAUAUUUAUUUGUGAGCAAUUAAACACAACAAUGUAACAAUAUCAACAAAAUAAUACCAUCAUUCCGACUUAUUACAUAAAAUUUUUGGAGCCAAGUCAAUUUUGCAAAAUAAGUAAAAAAAAAAAAAAAAAAGCAAAUACUUUGGAUUCUUGCUCCUAUAUGCCUCCAUAUUCCCUGAGUUUGUAAACAAUGUAUGCAUGUAUAGUAUACAAUUGAAUAACACAACAAAAACACAAAGCUACCACACGAGUAUCGAUCCAAUACCUUUACUGCGGUGGCUAUAAUCCUGCAGUAUAAUCUUUUGCUUAAUUGUUUGUAUUUUUUAUAAAAAAAAAAAAAUACCCAGCCUUCAUACAAUUGUGAAGCUAGAAAAUAAAUAAUAGAGAUAUUUUUUUGUUUUUGUGUUCUUGUGGAAAAAAAAAUAUUACAAAUGAAUACUGGUGAAUAAAGUAGUGCUU